AUCAGGGGUUUUCAUGGAAAGCGUCUAGAUACGUGAAGUCGAGCACAAAUGAUUUCUGUUUAUAACAAUAACGCUUGAAACAUCGCUUUGCCACACCCAGAGGUCUAUCUGACAAUUUAAUGUCAAAUCUUUAACCGAAACGGGAAAGUUUGUGGAGGAUCAUGUCAUCCAAAUUCAACUUCAGCUUUAGAAGAGAGAAGAGAGACUUUAGGAAUAUAGCUCAUGGCUUGAUCCCUGCUGCCACCCUUGCCCCCAGACCUGCUGUCCCCCGCACUCCUCCCCCCCGCAGCCCCAACCCAUCUCCAGAGAGACCCAGGUCUGCCUUGGCAGCUGCCAUAUUGUCUUCCUCCCUGACGGGCCGAACUGUUGCCAUUCCUCCUCCACGCCAAAGGUCUUACUCUGAGAGUGAGUGCUCACGCACAGAAAGCCAAACCAGCUUUGAGCCCUAUGCUGCCACUGUGCUUUAUACUAGGCACAAGUGGCCAGAUACGAUGGCAGGAAGAUCUCGAUUGCCUUCCCCAGGACACACUGAUGAUGAUGAUGAUGAAGAUGAUGAUAAUGAUGAGCUGGGGGAGCUAGAGAGAGAUGUGGAUCACAUGACUCAGUCCCUUGAGAAACAACAAAGCAGAGCUGAUGACAUAAAUGUUAUUUCUGCUGUUCCAUUAAAACACAGGAAGGGUGUUACCAGUUCAGAUGCUGAUGAAGAGACAGACGACUCUGCAUUUGCUAUUGUGUCUCCUCUACAGACGGAAGAUGAAGUUGUAGUUGAAGAAGGAGCUGCUCAUAUGCCAUCAUCGCUACGACAACCAAGAUCAAUCUACCAUGAGAGCAUGGCAUCCCCAGCAGAUCGUUAUGAUGACUUGAGUGGUCAGUCUCAUAAAUCAGCACUGCUGACUCCAAACAGGAAGGUCUCACGGGUGAAGGAAAGCCCAGUGAGAAGGAAAGAGAGAAACAUCAGUUCAGAGGCCAGUGAAGUGUUGCACUGCAUGUUGAAGGAGCAGCAAGCGCUGGUGAAGAAGCUGAGAGAGCAGACUCGGGUUUUGGCUUGGGAGAAGGAGAUGCUGAAGAAGAAAUGUUUACAACAGUGUCAGCACAUAGGGAACAUCCAGCAGGAGCUCUCUCACUGUCACACAGAGAGAGGAAACUCCAUAGGUGAGAGCUCUGAGUUGCUGAGUCUAAGGCAGCAGGCUCAAGAGCUGGUGGAUGAGAAUGAUGGGCUGAAGAUGACAGUCCACCGACUCAACGUGGAGCUCAGCAGAUACCAGGCCAGAUUCCGACCUCUUAUCAAGGAUGAGAAUUCUCCGCUUAAAGGGCUGCCAAUGAAAGGACCUGCACCUCCUUGGCUGCUGGAUAUUAAAUAUCUAUCACCCCUUUUGCUGGCCUAUGAGGAUCAGCUGAAUGCCAGAGAGAAACUCCUCAAGUCCUGUGAGGAAGAGCUGCAGUGCUUGAGAGCACGUGCAGAGGAGGUCAUUCAGGAAAAUGAAAAACUUCAUGUUCAAGUCAACAAGAGCAGCACUGUCAGCAACAAAGAAUGGAGGCAAUUGCAGGAGCAAGCUUGCUUGGUGUUGGAGGAGAAUCAACUGUUCAUACAGCAAUUGGAACUGCAGGAUGCCAAUGCUAAGGAGGCCCACACCAGACACACGCAGGAGGUGUUUAAGAUCACAAAACAGGUGAUGUUGUUGGAGUCAGACAAGCAGGAUCUGGAAAAGGAGCUAGAGGUGGAGCGCAAAGAGCACCAUGCCCUAAAGACCAAGUUUCAGAGUGUGUGCUUGACUAUAAAAAACUCUGUGAGCUUGGCUGAACACAACACUGUGACAGACAAACUGAAAAGGCACAUGGAGGAACAUGAGAGGGUGAAGAAUUCAGAGGUUGAAGAGCUGUUGGCUCGUGUGAGUGCAUUGGAAGCGGAGAUAAAUAUUCUACUGCUGGAUAAAACCAACCUCAACUCCCACAUAAAACACUUUGAGACAGAGCUUCAGCUUUCACGUCAAUCUAACAGGAAGGCUAAGAGAUUUAUAAGUGUGCUGAAGCAACAGGUUGUAGACUCUUUUGAGAAAGAGCUCGUCGCUCAUCAGUACCUUGCCAACAUCGUCACACAUGCAGAGAAAACUACCCAUGAAAGAGACCAGCUUAUGCACAUGGCUUCAUCUCUAGAGAAAGACAAUCAAGGUGUUCUCACACGCAUAAUAGAAAGCACUGUUUGCCUCGGAAAACUGCAGGAAAAAGUAAAGGUGUACAAGCAGCAGGCAACAGCAAAUGUGUGUGCGCUGGGUCGCCGUCUGCACGAGCAGGAGGAGGACUUUACGGGGAAAGCAGCGAGUUAUCAGCGAGAAAUCCAGCACCUGCAGAGCCAACUCAAAGACAGACAGGAACAACUGCAUGGAGCUCUGCAGCAGAAGAGAGAGGUGGAAGGUGAAUUAGAGGUGGUUUGGGAGGCAGCUACAAGGGAGAGUCAGCGGUUAAGAGAGGUUGUGCUGGGAAGCAGCUUGAUGAGUCCAGCCACCAUGGCUCCAGUCCUACGGAGCACUUCUGGCCAUUCUCCUGCAAGGUCCCCUAAUGUCGAAGAUAAUUUGACCAGUACGAUCCCACCUCCCUUCACCUCUAGGCAGAACCAUCCUUUACUCCACAGCCCCAUGUUUGAGUCUGACUCUGACCAGCAACAAAAUCCCUCUUCUGAUGAGAGUGAGAAAAGCGGUUGGGGCUUGUUAUCCUAAUUCGUCCAUAUCCUCGAUAAGUGUUUUGAGUUCAUUAAUUAAUUUACCUGAAUGCUUAAUGUAUUUUCAUGGACAGUGCAUGAACAUAUAAAUACACUUAUUUUCUCUUUACUAUGAAAAAUGUGCUUUGAUGUUUUUUUAUCCACAGAACAUGUAUAACAGUCUUCUCAGUGUAAAUUAGAGGUUGCUAAUAAUUAUUAUUCUGUUGAAUAGGAUAAUGUUACAGGUUUUUUUUUUUUCAGUUGCCAAACUCCUCAUUUCAGAAAGGUUUUGUGACAGCACAGUGGUUGCACAGUAUAGCACAGGAAAUUCUAUUGCACAAGCCACAUGAUGAAUGAUAGACCAACUCUCUCUCUCGCUCGCUCGUUUUCCUAGAUGAAGUUCUAGCACAAAAGAAUGCACCCUGUAGGAUGAUUUCCCUCAUACUGUACUGUUCUUUAAGGACAAAGUAGGUGACACAGUGUUCCAUAAAAAAAAACUAAAAAGAAUUCCAUUCCUAUUUGUAAUUUUGCAAAUAAAAAUACAUUGAAAAAUGUAAAAAGUCUUUUACUUUUUUACAUGUCCUUUUAUGCCACUAUGCAUUCUAUGAUGACAA